AUGGAAUUGGGAGAGGGACUACUGAGGAGGAUGUGCUGUGCUAUACCUCUAUUUCUUUGCCUGGCGUUGCUAUGCAUGUGCUUGCCUCCUUCAGCUGCAGGGGUAGAUCUGCAGGACCAGGGUGCUGUGUGCAAUGCUGAGGGCUGCUAUUCUGUCCACUACCAGAGGAAAUCUUUCCGCGAGUCUUGGAAAAGCUGUAGGGACAAAAGAGGCAGUCUAGCCACUGUCAAACGACCUGAGGAGGCAGCGCUUAUCCAUGAACUGCUCUCCUCUGGGGAGAGACGUGGCCCACGGGUCAGGAUAAGGCUUUGGAUUGGGCUUCAGCGACAGCCACGCCAGUGCUCUGCCACAAAGCCACUUCGGGGCUUCACCUGGAUCACCGGAGACCAAGACACCCAGUACACCAACUGGCAACGUGAGGAUUUACCCAACACAUGCAGCGCGCCCCGCUGCGUGGUCAUGAUCCACAACACAGCUGACAAAAGCGGUAGUUACCAGAACAACUUCAAGUGGCUGGACGGCUCCUGCCAGGUGGCUGUAGAUGGGUUCCUUUGUCGCCACACCUACAGUGGCAUGUGUCCAGCGUUGCAGAGUGAAGGAGGGGGUCCGGCAAUUUACACCACCCCCUUCGAUCUAGUCAGCACCCAGCUCACCCAUAUCCCCUUUGGCUCAGUUGCCACUCUGCCCUGUCCAGAGGGAUCCAAAGGUGACCAGUCAGUGUUGUGCAUGUUACGGGAGGACGGGAGGGUGGGUUGGUCAAAGGAUGCACCUCUGUGCUCUGACACACCAAAGGACUGGUGUGAUCAGGACAAUGGAGGGUGUGAGCACUUCUGUGUCAACACUGACACACAUUACUACUGCGAAUGCUCUGAGGAUUUUCAGCUGGGGGAUGACGGUCAAAGCUGCCAGCCUGUGGAUCCCUGCCACAAUGCUGACUGUGAGUACAUGUGUGAGCCCACCCAGGGAGGAUUCCAGUGUCUGUGCCAAGAUGGAUACCUACUGGCAUCUGACGGUCACACCUGCCUGGACAUUGAUGAGUGCUUGCAGAAACCGUGUCCGCAGCUUUGCCUCAACGCACCUGGGACCUUUGAGUGUCGUUGCAGUGAAGGCUACCAGGCCACUGAGGAUGGCCAGUGUGAGGACAUUGAUGAAUGCGAAGAGCACAGUUGUGAGCAUGCAUGUGAGAACUUGCCUGGCUCCUAUUCAUGCCACUGUCAUGAUGGCUAUUCUCCUCUAGACGAGGAUCCAAGCCAGUGCCAGGAUGUUGACGAGUGUCUAAUUCCUGGGGUAUGUGAACAUAUUUGCCAAAACUAUAUGGGGGGAUUUGAGUGUCAUUGUGAAGAAGGCUAUGAGUUGGAGGAUGACUUGUACUCCUGCACGCCCUAUACUGAGGAGGAAAAGUACACGACAACGGAGAUGUCAUCCAGUCCAACAUCUCCCUCAGGGUUUCCACAUAUACCUGGCUUUCCCUGGUUAACCAAAUUUACGGAUUGGAUGACAGAUGCGCCAAGCCUAGAGUGGAUUACCACAGAUCUGGGUUGGUUUACUGCAGCGCCACAGGAAGGCUCUGCAACCACACACAAAUUUGAUUGGCCGGUUUCUGUUUCCUCCAGUUCACCCACCUCUGAUUGGAUGAUGGAUGCAACAACCCCAAAUAUCCCAGAUGAUUCAGUGCAGAUAGACAAUAAAGGCAGAAGUGCAGUGAGCACAUCUCCCAAUGCUUCUUCAUAUCUGCCAAAUCCUAGGUCUAGCGAGGUUGUAAAACUCUUACCUAAAGAGAAGGGGGGUAUGGAGAGGCCCACUCCUGCCUCACCAGAAGAUACACUCUCAUCUGCUGCAGGCUCUGAGCAGCAUCCAGAGGGUGGUAAGCAAAGACAUGACAAAAGCUGGCUGCUUGUGGCUCUCCUGAUACCUCUUUGUGUCUUCAUUGUGGUCAUGCUAGCACUAGGCAUUGUGUACUGUACAAGCUGUGCUGUUGAGCCACGAAACAAAAGUGUGACAGACUGCUAUCACUGGACCACCACGCCCAAACCAUCAGAAACAAACGGUGCCAAGUCUCAGGUGUGA